UCUCCACCCUGGAUUUUGUGGGAUGGAGGUACACAUUAUUGUCCGAGUUUGUACUCAGAUUCCUUAGCGGUGACAAAGUGAAGAGCAGAUGCAUUGGGAUUUCAGAGGUCGUUUUCACUCCUGACACCAGUCACGUUUGGAUAUGUGACCUGCAGAUGCUGAUUCACGGGAGAGAAGAAGGACAUUACUCUAGGGGCAGCUACAGAGCUAAGUCUGCAUCAGUGAGACUGGAGUACAACUAGGGAGCUAGAUCUGCACCAGUCUGACUGGAGUACAGCUAGGGGGCUAGAUCUGCCCCAUUCUGGAGUACUGCUAGAGAGCUAGAUCUGCCCCAGUCUGGAGUACUGCUAAAGAGCUAGAUCUGCCCCACUCUGGAGUACUGCUAAAGAGCCAGAUCUGCCACAGUCUGGAGUACUGCUAGUGAGCUAGAUCUUCCCCAGUCUGGAGUACUGCUAGAGAGCUAGAUCUGCCCCACUCUGACUGGAGUACAGCUACUGUAGAGAGCUAGAACUGCCCAUGUCUGGAGUACUGCUAGAGACCUAGAUCUGCCCCAGUCUGAAGUAGUGAUAGAAAGCUAGAUCUGCCCCAGUCUGAAGUAGUGAUAGAAAGCUAGAUCUGCCCCAGUCUGAAGUAGUGAUAGAAAGCUAGAUCUGCCCCAGUCUGACUGGAGUACAGAUACUGUAGAGAGCUAGGUCUGCCCCAGUCUGGAGUGCACCUAAGAGCUAGAUCUGCAUCAGCCGUGUUCCCCAUGACUCCAGCAGCAGCGCUCACACUUUGCACAAGUUGAGGACAACUGGUGGAGGGCAGCACGAUUUACUAAUGGGGAACUCCUUCCACUUAUUUCCCUGGAUUACCCUGUUGUUUUUGAGAUCAUGUGGAAAUCAGGCUCAUGGGAAUUACACCAAGUUGCAGGAACAUCCAGGCUUCCAGGUUUUUAAAUCAGCCUCACACUACUGGCCACUGCAAGUGGUAAAUGGAAUUCGUGAGCUACCUAGGGCCUAUAGUAACAGAACGGGUUCUGGUAAUGAAAGUGAUGGAACCGUCAUCAUCCACAACUACAUUGUGCUUCCUUACCAUAAUUCUUCCUCUGUCUAUAGCAAUGACUCUGCCUACUCUAACUUCUCUGCAACUGUAGAUAUUGUAGAGGGAACAGUCAAUCACGGCAUUCUGCUUAAUGAACAGGAUAGACUUACACUCCUCUAUUUUGGAAGCUCUAAAAACUCAUGCAUUAGUGAUCCAAGUAUAUGUGGGCCAGAAGGUGUUACAUUCUCAUUUUUUUGGAAGAUCCAGGAACAACAACAAAUGAACCAACAGAAAAUCUAUACCCAUGACAACCAGCGUUGGCAUUCUUAUGAUAGAAGUCAAAAGGGCAGACAAGCAAAAGCCUUCGGAAAAAAAAUACAUUCUCAUGGCUUUCAAAUCUACGCUGGUGAACAUGAAGGUUAUGUAGAGGUUUACACACGGAAAAACUCAAAGGUUUGGAAAGCAAGCAUCAUUCCUCCAGGUCCAUACUGGACACAUGUCCUCUUUACCUGGACUUCAAGUGAAGGUCUGAAAAUUUAUGUCAAUGGUACUUUCAAUGCCAGUGAUUCCAGAGGUGACGUUUCCCAUAGCUAUGGAGAUGGUAAUGACAGCUUGGUUGUGGGAACAAACACAGAUCCUUCUAAGCAGUAUGUGAAUGGAGCUUUUGAUGAGUUCAUUAUAUGGGAAAGAGCACUCAGUCCGAAGGAUAUUCACCACUAUUUUACAGCUGCCAUUGGUGAUGAAGCCUUUGUUGCUGCAACAAUUUCAAGUGCUCCUGGGACAUCAUAUCCUAUGGUCUCCACAGAUGCUUAUUAUCCCAUUAUAACCAACCUUACCCAGGAGGGUGGGAUAUCUUCCCACUCACAGCAUGGAUUGGGCUACUUGGACAUUGUCUCUCAAAUUCUGCCCAACAAAUCAUUGACGAAAGACACAGCAGGCAACCUGACUCAGGCUUUCCUCAAAACAUUGGAAGAGGUGCUUUCUUUACCCUCCUGGGAUGAUGUACCGUCAGCUCAUCCUGAUGUUGGAGGGCUCAUCGAUACAGUUGAUAAAGUAAUGGUACAAAUGGCUACAAACCUCUUAGAAAACCCAUCUGUGAUUGUAACACUGGAAGGCAGAUCAGCGGUAGCAGAUUACUCCAUGGUGAAGGUGCCCCAGGCGUUCACCUUACCCCACUAUCGCUUCCCAUCUGAAGGGCAGUCUUACAUCUCUGUUCCUGGUGAAGCAUUUCUCAGCAAAUAUCGAACAACCAUUGUUGGAUUGCUGUACCAUACUAUGCAUCACCUCUACAGGCAGAUAAAACCUAGCGACACCAGAAUCUCUGGGGUAAAUCAGUUCGAAGAUCACAUGAUCUCAGCAGCAAGUUACCUCAUCUCCUUGAAGGUACAGCCACCUCCUUAUCUGUGUCCAAACCUGUCUGGGUCUCCUCUCAUUACAAUUCACCUAACGCAUAUCCUGACUGAGCAACUGACCAUCAACAACAGUAACCAAGUUCACCUGUAUUGUGCUUUUCUGGACUUCAGUUCUGGUUCUGGCAUUUGGUCCAAUGAGGGAUGCAUCCGCGUUGCAGGAGACUUGAAUUAUUCAGUUUGUCGCUGCAAUCAUCUCACCAACUUUGCCAUUCUGAUGCAGGUUGUUCCCUUAAAGCUCUCAAAUUCCCACAAGGUGGCGCUGUCCUCCAUCAGUUACGUUGGUUGUUCCCUGUCCAUCUUCUGCCUGGCAAUUACACUGGUCACAUUUGCUAUACUGUCUUCAGUGAGCACAAUCCGGAAUCAGCGCUAUCAUAUCCAUGCCAACCUCUCAUUUGCAAUUCUGGUUGCACAGAUCCUGCUCCUUGUCAGCUUUCGUUUUGUACCUGAGACCUUGCCUUGCAAAAUCAUAGCGAUCCUGUUGCACUUCUUCUUCCUAAGUGCCUUUGCGUGGAUGUUGGUGGAAGGACUGCACCUCUACAGUAUGGUGAUUAAAGUGUUUGGAUCAGAAGAGAGCAAGCAUUUCUACUAUUAUGGAAUUGGAUGGGGUUCUUCGCUUGUGAUCUGCAUUGUGUCUGUAACAUCUGCCCUUGACAGCUAUGGAGCUGGGGAAAAUUGUUGGCUAUCGUUGGAGAAAGGAGCAAUAUGGGCUUUUGUGGCACCUGCACUGUUUGUCAUUGUGGUCAAUAUUGGAAUCCUUAUUGCAGUGACUAGAAUAAUUUCCAGAAUAAGCGCUGACAACUACAAAGUCCAUAGAGAUGCAAAUGCAUUCAAAUUGACAGCUAAGGCGGUUGCUGUACUUCUGCCAAUCCUCGGGAGCUCCUGGAUCUUUGGGGUUCUUGCCGUCAAUGAGCAAUCAUUAGUGUUUCAGUAUAUGUUCGCAAUCUUCAAUUCUUUGCAGGGAUUUUUCAUCUUCCUCUUCCAUUGUCUUCUUAAUUCUGAGGUGAGAGCUGCUUUCAAGCACAAAACAAAGGUGUGGUCCCUUACAAGUAGCUCCAUUCGCAACAUCAAUGUGAAACCUUUCAACUCCGAUGUAAUGAAUGGGAACAGAGCCAAUACUUCUCCAACCAAGAUGAAUACAUGGGACAAAAGCAGCAAUUCUGCCAACAGAGUUGACUUGUCUGCAGUCUGAUCAUGUGGGGAUUUUACAGCCAACAAAGAAAUCACUGGAGGCCUUUAUGUACUUAUGUCUGUCUUCAUCUAAUGCAGCUGAAGGUGCCCUCUUCUCCCUUGUAAUAAUACUAAGAAGUUGCCACCAUGUUUUACUACAGGGAUGAUUUUGUUUUUGUAGCCUGAAGAAACCAAUUUGUCUUCAAGCGCACUACUAUAAAGAGACAGCUUCAAAAAAACUGUUGGCAGUAAGUGCCAAUAUACCUUAGAAACUGUCUUUUACUACGGAUCUACAAAACAUCAAUGGAAAAAGUAAUGUUAUGCUGUGCAGUAGACUGUAUUACAAAACCAAUCACGGCAGGAUUAUUUCCUGAAAUUUCUUUCUUUUCUAGGAAAUAGAGUUCUGUCUCUGCCAAAUCCUUCACACAUUCAACAGUUUUGGACUUUUUAAUAAUAAAAAAAAUGUUAUGUUUGUCUGCACAUUGCUACCUAAUGUGUUUAUCUGCACAUUGCUACCUAAUGUCUUGAACCUUUUAACUUAUGAAUCACUUAUUGACUGACAGGUAACGCAUUGAGGUAUACAUAUUUUUCUAUUCUAUUUAAGUGCUGUGAAUAAGCUGGCACCUUGGCCACCAACAUUUUACAUCUUUACAGACACCAAUUCUCUCCUGUCCUCUUGUGAUUCAUCCGCACGACGGACAUGGGUGAGAUAUAGGAUAAGGUGGGCGCUUACUGACGAUUUGUGUUUAUUCAGGGAAAUGUACCUUCCUUUAAUUAAAGCACUCUCUGAUUUUAUUGUGAUUUAUUUUAUAAAUUUUUAGCUGCAGAGUUGUUUUAAAUCCUUAUGACAAAAAGCACUGGGGACUGAAUGUACAAAUUCUGCCAUGGAAUAACAUACAGACCUAGAGUUCCUGCUGACAAGUCAUGGCAUAAUAUACAAAAGAUAAGACAAAAAGGCAACCCAAAGACACUUUAAUCAUCCAACUCAAUGCAAAAAGAAAUCUUGAUUUGUAACAUAUUGAAAUAAUAAUGAAUACCGUUUUCAGAGUUUAUAACAAUAUAUCUCAUUAUAAACAUGUUCUUCUUUAUAGACCUCAUGACCUAAUUUUAUAAUCAUAAUCACAUUUUGUACAUCUAUAGAGAAUAAGUAGUUUGUUAUAAACUCUGAUCGCAAAUGUCUGUAAUGGGUAACAUUAUUAAUAGACGUGCUGGUGUUAUUAUUUAAUAAAGCACCCAGCUGCAUUGAGCUACAAACUCUGUUUUUUCCUUUUUGCAUAUAGCAUUAAAAUUGGGCCUUGAACAUUGGGCCUGUAGUACAUUACUGUGAAUAACGGCAAUUACCUAAUAUUAUUCUUUUAAAGACCUUUUGUUGAUGCUUUUAAAAUUCCGCCGGUCCUUAAAAAGAAGACUGAAAAUGCCAUCUCCUUUAUUAUUAAGGUUAAAAAAAGGUAAACCCACAGCAGACUUUAUUGUAAUUUAUUGUACAACCAAAGACACAUUAGCAUUUUGGGCAGAGGCUCCAUCUAUAAUAAUUUAAGGUAAGCAAUUUUUCUGACAGCCACAUACUGCUGAUCCAAGGCCUUGAAUAUUUAUAUGACAAAUUACAUGAAAAUUCAGGCUUGCUUGCUGUAGAACCAAAUAGAUCGUUCCUUCCAUUUCACUGAUGGAGAUUGCAGCUUUGAUAUCACCCACCAUUUUUAUAAUGUCUUUAAAUCAUAGACUUUGAAGUGAGACAAAAUAGCAUAAAUUAUGUACAACAAAAAAAAUUUAUGUUCAUGUCUUGUGAUGUAUCAUCCGCUGAUGUCACGUCAAAUCGAGAACACAGAAGUACCAUAUUUACCUGAUUAUAAGUCUGCCUUUUCCUGCCUAGUUUAGUGAAAAAAAGAAUGUCCUAUACGUGCAUAUCAUAAUAGAUCAUUCUUACAAAUGUUAAUUUAUCUGUGUGAAUCACAUAUAUGUUAUUUAGGUACUGUACAUUUGAACCUUAUAGCAGUGUGUGUAGUAGAAGCUCACAUUAGAUCACUAUAUAAUAUAAUUUAAGUAUAUUGCAUAUGAAUCAUUUAACGUUCUUGUUUAUGUUUUCUUUAAUUAUUAUCUGGGUUAUAACUCUUUCCCGUUCUCCAAAUCCCAUUCCUAAAAGCAGGAGUGAUGCAGUCUCCUUUGGAGUUAGGAGUAAAUCUAUUUGUAAAAUGUGAGGACAUAUUUAAAGGGGACAAAAGCACCCAGUAUACCUUGUAACUGUUUGCUCCUAAAUGUAAAUGAGGCCCUUUGUGUGGAAAUGGGGGGGGGGAUAAACUUAAUUCCGUAGUCAUUAUUGAUGCACUAAGUGACAGUAAAAUGACAUGCUACUCUUAUUUACUAUGACCUGUACAAUUUUGUAUGUAAUAUAUGCUAUAUGCAGUAUAACGAUAUUGGGGGAAAUGUAGUAGGGUGUGAGAAUCAAAAAGUGAGAGAUUUUGGUAAAUAUCUCCUGUUUUUUUUAAAGUGGCAAUCAUUUAGAUGGCAAAAUCAAGAAAUGAUUAAAAAAAACAGGCGCUGUAACUGGGCUAGUUCUCUAAGCUGCCGUUAGAUAGGGUGAUAGCUGGUCACCCUAAAUUACAUAAACGAGUAUACACAAAAAGGACCAACUGCGCUAAGAAAAAAUCACAAUUAACAUACUAUGUCCAAUUAAAACCAAUAGUUUGAUGUUUACGAAGAACAUGUAAAAUUAAUAAAUAACAUUAUUCACAUAAUAAGAAAACACACUAAAAAAGAGCCUUAAAGCCAAUCUCUAGACCAGUGAUUUUCAACCUUUUUUUAUUCGCGGCACACCGAACAAUAUUUUAAAAUUGCCAAGGCACACCAUCAGUUCUCCACAGAAAAACAAAACAAAACACACACAUUGGCCCUCACAGUACAUUGGCUUACACAGAAAAAACAAUCAUAUUGUUCCCCACAUAAAUCCUAUUGCUCCCCACAUGAAAUAUUCACAUUGUUCUUAUUCUCCCCACAUAAAUCCUAUUGAAAUACUAUUGUUCCCCACAGGAGAAAUAAAAUAACAAAUAUUAUUAUCAGCUGUCCUCCUCCCUGUCCCUCAGUGGCGGGGGUUGUUCAUAGUGGAGUUCUGCGAAUACUGAGCAGCGGACGGUCGGGCAGGUGUGGAUGUGGGGUGGGCAAGGAAAGCUGUGGAUGCAGGCGGUAACUGGAAGAUGUGUAUGCAGGCGGGUGGGCUCGCUGGGUGGUGAGAUGCAGCAGCUGUGACCUAUGAUAUCACAUUGUUUUCAAGGCAUAGGUUAUGGCAGGAGCACGACUGAUCCUCUAAGAAGAUCCCGGGCCAACAGUUCACUCUGAAGGUGCAGGAAGCUGCUCUGGCUCCGCGGCACACCUUGCAACUGGUCGCGGCACACUAGUGUGCCACGGCACACUGGUUGAAAAAGCCUGCUCUAGACCAUUAUAAGUCUCUCUUGGGGCAGUAUGUGUUCAAAUGCCAGCAUGCACAGUAAUGUGCUGAUGAAUAAGCAAAUUGAUCAUGCAGGACAAUAUUAUUGUAGCAUCCAGUCUGGAGAUGAAUAGUUACCAAAUCCCUUGUGGUGUUUAGCCAGGUAUUCCACCUAGCGAGGGUCCAGAGUGUCCUCUUUAUCCAACGCAAUAGUCAUGGUGGUUCUCCCUCUAUUAAUGUCCACAGUGGAAGGGACUGGAAUCUCCCAAACCAAAGAUGGUUGUGCAAGGUCCUGCUUGAUUUUCAGCAAUGCCCUGGUCAGAGAUUGGACUCGCUAACACGUUUCGCUGUCACUUGGCAGCUUUAUCAAAUACCCGGAAUACCCUUUUUGUGUAUAGAUGGCCAAAUCAACCUGGUUUUGCCAUGUAAAUGAUUGCCACUUUUUAAAAACAGGAGAUUUUACCAAAAUCUCUCACUUUCUGAUUCUCAUACAUUUCCCUCAUUAUGUGUUUAUGUGAUUCCACCUAUUGAGGUUGUCAAAAAACUUUAUUUGAAAUCAUUUUAAGUUUGAAAUGGUAAAAAAGUAAAAUGCCAAAACAGUUACACAUCUCCACAAGAUUAAUUCCUAGGCAUUACAAGAAAUAUAUCAAGUUUUGCAAAUGACUGGUUUAAAAUAGAAACUUGCAUUUAUGACAAUUAAAAUUAUUUAGCCUGCAUCUCAGUUUUGAAGUUUCUCUAUACAUAAAACAAUCUACCAUUACAGUUACUAAACAGUCAACUCUCAUCCUCUAUACAGUUGGCUCUCUUCCAUCCCAUCUUUUGCUUGACAACAAGGGUCAUUUACAGAAUCACAAAAGUGUAAUUUUCCAUCAUAAAUACUUUUUUGUCAUGUUAGUUUUUUUUGCAGUCAAACCCCAUAUUACAAAUACUGUAUGUGCACGGGUUUGUAAGCCCACAUAACAAAACUUGUGAUGUGCAACACAUUCCACUGGCCAAUGGGAGGAGUUGGGUGAAUACAGACUUUUUCAAUCACUGAGCGUCUAGCUAGUGUUUGUCAAGUAGAUUCCAUAAAAUAGGUAGAAACCAAGGUCAUCCUCAUUUGUCCCCUUAUGCGCUCUUUUAAAACUUGGAGGGUAAUUUAGACCUGAUCGUUAGGCUUCGUUUUCUCACAGCCUGCGAUGCGUAUACACCACAAACUGCGCAUGCGUGUACACCACAAUGCACAGGUGUGUCAGAAAACUGCACCGGGCAUCUGUACAUAGCAACGGGAUGGUGCGAAAAAAGCGAUCGCACGGGCGAUCGCAAGGAGAUUGACAGGAAGAGGCCAUUUAUGGGUGGCAACUGACCAUUUUGAGGGAGUGUCUGGAAAAACGCAGGCGUGUCCAAGUGUUUUCAGGGAGGGUGUCUGACGUCAAAUUUGGUCCCAGACAGGCUGAAGUGAUCGCAGCAGCUGAGUAAGUCCCGAGCUGCGCAGAGACUGCACAAAAUCACUUUGUGCAGCUCUGCUACACAUGCGUUCGCACAUUUGCACAGCUCAAAUUCCCUCCCCCUGUAGGCAGCGACUAUCUGAUCGCAGGACAGCAAAAAUCGCUGCCCAGCGAUCAGGUCUGAAUUACCCCCUUGAUACAUCCCCUCUUUGACUUGUAUAUGCAACCUCAGAUUUAUUUUAGCUAAAUGUAAACUAAAAAUGUCACAUAAAUUUCAUACAGUAGAUGGAAAAUAAAAUGAUCGAUUGGACAAUCCUAAAAAAAGUCAGUAAUGAUAAAAUGUUUUGUGUUCAAUAAGUGAACAUUUCAAUUUUCUUCUACACUUAAAGAAAAUAUAUAGGCCCAUUAAAAAGCUACUAGAUUUUACUGUACUAUGUAGAAUUCACAGAAAUUAUAUUGCAAAUGACAGAAAAUAAUAAUUUAAACAACUCGGUCACAAAUAUUAUUUCUGUUAUUCUGCCAUUUUGUUUGAGAAGUGAAUUGUUUUGUUAAAACACUGUUAACUGUUUUUUUGGGGAAAAUGUUCUAAGAAAAGUUGUAUUUGUCCCUUUAUGUCUUUUGACAAGUGUCAAGAAUAUAAAUACAUAUGCUUUUUAGGUUCGGUAUGUUAUGUCAACAUUCACCACAUUGGCAAUAGAAUAUCAAAAUGGUCAUAAUGUCAGCAGUGAGCAUGUUGACAUGCUCACCUUAUCUGCAUUCUAUAUGUUGACACUGAUGAAAUGCCGACAUGGUCAGAAUGCUGACAAUGGGGCAGAUGUAUUAAACCUGGAGACGGCAUAAGGA